AUCGUACGAACAACGGCCGUCAGAUGUGUCUAGGUUUCCGUUUUGGAAAGGCAAUCGGCAAUCCAACCAACAGAAGAGAACGGGUUCACUUGUUGUACCAUUAUACUACCAGUACCAUAUAAAACUAACACAUCCCUCAUUCGGCCAUUCUUUCCCACAGACUUAUUAGACUCUGAGACUCUCUCUCUCUAUCACAUUAUAUGAAUUAACAGAACGCCGUCUCAUCUGUGAACUUCCAGCCAAAAGUGGUGUUUUCCCGGCAUAUUUUUGCCAACGACCUCUUUCCUCUCUAUGGUCACCGCCAACAACUGCGACAGCAGAAAAAUGGAGAUUUUUGCUCUCGGUUAAUCGACGGAAAACUGAUCCAUCGCGGAAGUACCGGCUCAAGAAAACGAAGCUCCUAGUGCUCCUAGGGUUCCGCCUUGAGUUUGCUUCGUAAGGUUUGAUCUUUGAUGGCUUCGGAGGAUGUCGUCGGGAAAACAAGCGAAUCUGCAGUCUCGACGAUCGUCAAUCUUGCUGAAGAGGCGAAGCUUGCAAGUGAAGGAGUUAAGGCGCCUAGUCACGCGAUCCUCAGUAUCUGCAAGUCUCUCGUUGCUGGAGGAGUCGCCGGAGGAGUGUCACGCACUGCUGUUGCUCCAUUAGAACGGUUAAAAAUUUUGCUUCAGGUUCAAAAUCCUCACAAUAUAAAGUAUAAUGGAACAAUUCAAGGAUUGAAGUAUAUAUGGAAAACUGAAGGUUUCCGAGGAUUGUUCAAAGGCAAUGGAACUAAUUGUGCACGUAUUGUCCCAAACUCAGCUGUCAAGUUCUUCAGCUAUGAGCAAGCAUCUAAUGGAAUUCUGUGGUUUUAUAGGCAGCAAACUGGCAAUGAAGAUGCAGGGUUAACCCCUCUUUUACGCCUUGGAGCUGGAGCAUGUGCUGGAAUCAUUGCUAUGUCAGCAACUUAUCCAAUGGACAUGGUACGAGGCAGACUAACUGUGCAGACAGAGAAGUCUCCUUAUCAGUAUAGAGGAAUGUUCCAUGCACUUUCAACUGUCCUUCGUGAAGAAGGUCCACGAGCUUUGUACAAAGGCUGGCUUCCUUCUGUAAUUGGAGUAAUCCCAUAUGUAGGUCUCAACUUUGCUGUGUAUGAAUCUUUAAAAGACUGGUUGGUCAAAGCUAAACCAUUUGGCCUAGUUGAGGACUCUGAAUUGAGUGUGACAACAAGGCUUGCAUGUGGAGCUGUUGCUGGAACAGUUGGCCAGACAGUUGCUUACCCUCUUGAUGUCAUUCGUAGAAGAAUGCAGAUGGUGGGCUGGAAUAAUGCUGCUUCAAUUGUUACUGGUGAUGGAAGGAGCAAGGCAACGCUUGAGUAUACUGGUAUGGUUGAUGCAUUUAGGAAAACAGUUCGGCAUGAAGGCUUUGGAGCAUUGUACAAGGGUUUGGUCCCCAAUUCUGUAAAGGUGGUACCAUCCAUUGCAAUUGCAUUUGUGACAUAUGAGAUGGUGAAGGACGUUCUUGGAGUUGAGAUGAGAAUAUCGGACUGAAACUUGGGUAAAGUCUUGAGACGUUUGGCGAAUUAUGAUGCUAUUUUUGUAGGCGAAAGAAAGAGGGUAGAGGUGAACAUAUAAAUAUGUAUAUAUAUUUUUUUCUGAAUCCUUUCAGUGUUAUAUUUUUCCUACUUUCUUGUCAUUUGUCGCCAUCUAAACAUUCCCCAAGUUUUUUGCCCUUUUCUUUUAACUUCUGAUUCAUAUGCUGUGCUAAUAAGGGUUUUACAUGGAACACGAGGUGAAUGUGCGUAGCUUCUUAGUUUAAAGAAAUAUCCUUUACCAGUUUUUAUUAA